AUGUUUAUAGAUGGCGGGUCUGGGCUUGUCCGAAAGCGGGUUAGGGCCUUGCAAGUGAAGCCCUUUAGCGACAUACUCUCUCUACCUAUUUUCUUUAUCCGAUUACCUUUCUCUGGAUCCUCCUCUGUCUCCGCAAACAUGAAGCCCGUCGUCUCUGCCCUGAACGCCUGGUCCUGUGUCGUUAUCUCCCUCUUCGCAAUCAUCAUCUUAUCAGUCCUCGGCUCCCUAUACAGCAGCAACAACCACGCAUACACCGGUUCAGAAGACGAGCCAGAAGAUGGUCCCGCAGUCGCUGCUUCAAUUUACACCGCUGUGAUCGUUUACGCUGGCUUCUUCGUGUUCUGUGGCUUCCAGGCUUUCCUCCACAUGCGAAACAGCAGGGGAGGUGCUAUAUCACUGCAUUGA